AUGUCGCAUAUGCCGUCGUCAACAACAGUCACCGUGCCGUCACCGAUGCAGUUCUGGUCAAAGCAAACCGGGGUGGUAUUCUGGCAGUCCUGGGAGUCGCAGAGCAUUUCCGAGCAGAUGGUGGAGGCAUCACAGGCCACCAAACCGUCACAGACAGACGAACACUCAGCAGAACAGGUAUCCUCGUCGCAGCAGGACUCGACGGUUUCGUGGCAUGAAGGAUAUGCUGAGCAAUACUCGGUUGGUGACAAGGUACCUCCACACAGAGACAGAGAGAGGUCCAUGGAGACAGGAGCAAGCGGCAGGCGUUUCUCUGCCAUCUUGAAAACUCCCCAGUGGCACCGUUUUAAAUGCUCUCUCAGCUACCGCCUGGAGUUCGAUGCUGGUUCAGAAAGGGGACGGCGGCCGGGGGUCGGAAGUAAGGAAACUGGAGGGGGACGAGACAACCAGACCCCCAAGGACCCGGUAAACGGCGACGAGAUGGAGCCGUGGGGAAGCUGGCCAGGAAAAUAUCCGCGCCCCGUGGUUGUCAAGAGCCUUGCACCAGGGCGCUGGGGACCUUGGGCGACGCAGAGCCGGCGCGCUAGUUACAUAAUCGCUGACCAAGGCGGGGGCCCGGCUUGGCCCGGCUGCUGA